CAUCGAUAUUUAGUUUGUAAAUUAAAAAAAUAUACGGUAUAUGACAAAUGAUCUUGAAGGAUUCGUUGCGGAGGGUAGUUUACAAAAUAUAAAAAAUCGAACAACGGAAACAAUUUGUCUCGUAAGAAGAUAGGAAUCGAAUAUAAUAAUUUAUUCGUGAAACGAGUCAUCGAAACGCUUAUACCGUUAUUGAACCCGCAAGGAUGAGUAAACAUAAAUAAAACGUACGUGUAAGGUAUAUGUUCAUAUUCGAUAAGGCACGAGUUUAAAAAAAAAUCCUUUUGGAUGAGACACACAUCGUUACCGUUAGAAUCUUCCGGAUGGACCAUUAGAAACAUGUUACUAGCUGUUUCUAAGAUACAUAAUUUGAAAAGCUAAAUUGUUUUAAAUCAAAAUGAAUUAGACACUACGAUCGAUGAAAAUUUUAAAUUUAUAAAUGUAAGGAACAAACAAAUAGAAUUAUAAUACGAGUACGUAGGGCUACUAGGUACGACCGUUAUGUAAGGCCGUUAGAUAGGCCGCAAAGUAGGACUGCUUCAAGUUCAUUCGAUUCUCAUGAGUUGUAUCCUUAUUUUCUUUUCUUUUCUUUUCUUUUCUUUUUCGAUAUAACUCAUAUGGAUCUUUUCGAUUUCAAAAUCGCCACUUGCGUGCGUAAAUAAUAAGUGUGUGGAGAUAGGAAGAGUGAAGAUGUGCUUAUACCAGAAGAAACAGAUAUGUUUAACGCCGAAACUCUGUGUGUGUUUGUGUGUGCGCGUGAGAGAGAAAGAACGCAAGGAGGUCGUUAACGUGGUAACGUUAACCGACCUUGAGCGGGAUUCAUCGAUGAUUUCUCGAUGGUGUUUGACUUUGAUUAUAAGAAGAGCCAAAUGCAGAAAAUAGUUUUUGGAUUGAUAUACUCGUAUGUCUAAAUAUUAUUUCGGAUUGUUUCUAAUUAUUAUCGCGAUGUGUGCCAAAGUGUACACCGCGAAAAAGUGCGAAGGAAAUGGCUUAGGAUUGAAGUAUGUAUGGGGGGAUGCAUUAACGGAUUCGCCGGAUUGCAUAGGACCUAAUAAUAUGCAAUAUCCUACAGCCGCGAUAUCGAGAAGCUUUAAAAAUCUUUGGGCGAAUGGUCGAACCGCUAGAUCUCACCAACCUCGAACUAUCGAUCCCGAAAUAACGAGGCAAGCUCUUCUUCAUAAUUACAAACUCGCCCAGGGAGAUUUCUCGAUAACGGGUCAUGCACGAAAUGGACGAGGAUUUUCUGCAAAGGAAAGUUGCGGCUCUCCAAGCAGACUCUGUAAAACAAGGUAUAAUACCACAGCACCUAUGUAUGGUGUUAGUUUGACGAGUGGUCAACCAGUGACAAUCGUACAAAAGUUUCCCGAUCUUCUUCAGCAAGUCGUAUUCGAAGUUUGCGAAUCGAAAGAAUGCGAUGUAGUCCAUGGUGAAUGCACGCAAACGUAUGUGCCUUACCUGUUUUUGGUGAUUCCUUUGGGGCCGGUGACCCUAACCGGUCAGGAUUACGUGCUGGUUGAGAGUGGUUGCGUCUGCAAGCCAAAGAAUUUGGCGAGUACAGCAUCCGAAGCGCCUGUUGUGCCAAGCUUCUAA